UGCAAUUGCGUUUUGAACUGAAUCAAAUAAAAAGCGAACUCUUUUUAUCGUCCCCGGUUUUUCUACUUGACCAGUUUUUGAAGAUAGCAAGAGAAUCAAUACGUUUCCAAAUUCAUCAUACCAAAGCCAACAAUAUUAAAAAGUCAUGCCUGCCUCCCGUGAAGAUUCUGUUUACCUCGCCAAGUUGGCUGAACAAGCUGAACGUUAUGAAGAAAUGGUUGAGAACAUGAAGGCCGUUGCUUCUUCUGGUCAAGAAUUAUCUGUUGAAGAACGUAACUUAUUGUCCGUUGCCUACAAGAACGUCAUUGGUGCCCGCCGUGCCUCUUGGAGAAUUGUUUCUUCUAUCGAACAAAAGGAAGAAGCCAAGGGCAACGAAAACCAAGUUUCGUUGAUCCGCGAAUACCGUGCUAAGAUUGAAGCUGAAUUGUCGAAAAUUUGUGAAGACAUCUUGUCGGUAUUGACUGACCACUUGAUCUCGUCGGCUCAAUCCAGCGAAUCCAAGGUGUUCUACUACAAAAUGAAGGGAGACUACCACCGUUACUUGGCUGAAUUUGCUAUUUCUGAGAAGCGUAAGGAAGCUGCUGACUUAUCUUUGGAAGCCUACAAGUCUGCUUCCGAUGUUGCUGUCACGGAAUUACCCCCAACUCACCCAAUUAGAUUAGGUUUAGCAUUGAAUUUCUCCGUUUUCUACUACGAGAUCUUGAACUCUCCUGAUAGAGCCUGUCAUUUAGCCAAGCAAGCCUUUGACGAUGCUGUUGCUGAUUUGGAAACUUUAUCAGAAGAUUCUUACAAGGAUUCCACUUUGAUCAUGCAAUUAUUAAGAGAUAACUUAACUUUAUGGACCGAUUUGUCUGAAGCUCCAGCUGCUGCUGAUGAGCAACCAGCCGAGGCUGCCGAAUCCAAGGAAGCUCCAGCUGAUGAAGAAUAGAUUAUGUAAAGUUUAGUUAUAUUUCGUUUCGCGUGUGAAAUCUUUAUUUGUUUAUCAUUAUUAUAUUAUUAUUACUACUUUUAUAGUCCUUGUUUGUUGGAGGUUGGUGGUCUUGGCGAUGGCCAGCUUUCUGUUUGCUCUAGUUACUUUUUAUAAUUGUCUUAUAUUAUAGUCCUUUACUUUUGUU